AUGAGGACUCCGGUUUAUUUCCUCAGUCAUGGGGGGCCCAAUAUCAUGUAUGACCAUGAACACCCUGCAUACCAUAAACUAGGCGAGAUUGGCCGCGAAAUCACAACACAAGUCAGGCCGCGCGCGGUGGUCGUCUUCUCUGCUCACUGGCAGGCUGGCCGGGACACCGUGCAGGUCAACACCGCAGAGUUGACGGAUUUAAUCUACGAUUUCUAUGGCUUCCCCUCGCACUACUAUAAAGAGACGUACCCGAACGUCGGGAGCAGGGAGGUCGCAAACCGGGUUCUGCAAUCGUUGCAGGAGGCCGGCAUCAAGGCCGAGGGCGUCAACAGGGGGUUGGAUCAUGGAGUCUGGGCAAGCUUCAAGUGUGCCUUCCCCGAGGAAAACCCACUCAACGUGCCCAUCGUGCAGGUCUCGCUGUUCAAGAGCGAGGACCCCCUGCAGCACAUGCGGCUCGGCCAGGCCGUCUCCAAACUGCGCGACGAGAACAUCCUUAUCAUCGUCUCCGGGAUGGCCGUGCACAACCUGCGCGACAUGCAGUUCACCUGGGGCGAUCCGCGUCCGCUGCCCUACACGGUCAGCUUUGACGAGGCCCUCAAGGACGCCGUCAUGACCGCCCCGGGCGCAGACAGGGAAAAGGCCAUGGCCGAGUUGCUCAAACGGCCCGAUGCUCGCCAGGCGCAUCCGCAUUUCGACCAUUUGCUGCCGAUCCAUGUUGGCGCGGGUGCGGCGGCCAACGACGCCGGAAAGCGUCUCUGGACGUUCAAGGAGGGUAGCAUGAGUUGGGCGCAGUACAGGUUUGGCGAGAUCCGUAGUGGUUUCAAUAGUACCUUGUAA